AUGCCAAACUAUUGUUGUGUACGAGAAAUUCAUACCAUAUCCAAAACAAUUUUUAAAGUACCUCAAAAUGAGGAUAUGAAGAAAAAGUGGGAAGAAGCGUUGGGGUUUACGAUUAAAAAAAGUUAUUAUAUUUGUGCUACCCAUUUUGAAGACUCUGAUAUCAUCAGUAAAUGGGAGUCUGGUCAAGAGUCUAAUAAGUAUACGAUAUGUUUGAAAAGACUUCAUUUAAAAAAAGGAGCCAUUCCUAUUCCCUGUAAAAAAAAGAUUUAUGCACAAUCUUUGGAAGGUAUAAAAGUCUGUGAAUUAAAUAAGGCAUGCACAUCUAGCUUGGAUAGCACAUUAGAUCUUUCUCAUACAACGGAUACAUUAGACUCAUUUAAUUUAAGUUCUCAAAGUAUUGAUCUAGUAAAACAUGAUCACUUGUACUGUACUCAGGCAUCAUCACCUAAGAAGAGAAAGCGAAUAAGCAGUUAUUUUGACAGUACAUCCAAAAAAUCAAAACAUAAUUUGCCAUUGGAGGAAUAUAAUAAUACAAUCGAUGGCACUAGUACAGGUACAACUGAAUUUAUUUCUAUACAAAAGCCUGAAGCUGAGCUUGGUGAAUCCAUACAGUCUGAAAAUACAGAUGAAUUAGAUAUAUCAAAUUUUACAUGCCGAAGUAAAAUUGUAAGUGAUUAUAUAAAAUCAAUUAUACUAAAAAGGAGCAAUAUUCCUAGUUCUAAGUUUCAAUAUCCAUUUUCUCUUCAUAAUAAAAAAGGUAAUGAAGAAAAGCGAUUUUUAAGAAAAAAUCAUUUUGAAAAAUACCCAUGGGUUGAGUAUUCUAAUAUAAAACAUGGGUUGUUCUGCAAAAUAUGUGUUUUGUUUUUAACUUCAACUAAAGUUGGUAUGCAUAGAACAGAACAAAUUACUAAAUUGGUUACCGAACCUAUUAAUAAAUUUGCAAAACUAUUAGGUAAGGAUGGUGUUUUAGAAGUACAUCAUAAUAAUGGAUAUCAUAAAGAUAAUGCACAAAAAUCUAUAGACUUUCUAAAUACUUAUGAUAAACCUAAAAAUGAAAUAAUUAAUUUAUUAAAUGACCAACGUAGUAAGGAAAUAUCAGAGAAUCGUGAACGGUUACGACCAAUUAUCAAAACUAUUUUACUUUUAGGCCGGCAAAAUAUUCCUUUGCGCGGUCAUCGAGAUGAUGGAUCUUUAGUUUGUCAAACAGAAGAAGAAGACAAAGUGGAUUCUAUAGUUAAUCAAGGAAAUUUUAGAGAGCUACUGAAAUUUAGAAUUGAUGCUGGUGAUCAGUUACUUGAAACACAUUUAAAAACGACUGGUGCUAGAGCUACAUAUAUUAGUAAGUUAACACAAAAUGAAAUAAUUGAAUGUUGCAAACAAGAAAUAUUAGAUUUUGUACUUUUAGAAAUAAAAAAAGCGGAUAUAUUCAGUGUUCUAUUUGAUGAAACCACAGAUAUAUCUAAUAUUUCACAAAUGUGUUUAAUUAUUCGGUAUGUAUUAAACAACAUUAUAUAUGAACGAUUUUUGUCAUUUGUCGAUUGUCAUAAUUAUAUUUAUAAAAAAAAUAAAGAUGAUGUGUCAAAUAUUGAAGACAAUGUGGAACCCAAAAUAACAGGAGAGAUUUUAGGAGAUACAGUGAUAAAAAUAUUACAAGAAUUAGGAUUAAACUUAGACAACUGUGUAGGUAUUGGGACUGAUGGUUGUUCUGUUAUGGUUUCUGAAGUUCGUGGUGCUGUGCAACAAAUAAAAAAAUAUGCCAAAAAUGCCAUACAUAGCCCGUGCUCUAAUCAUGCAUUGAACCUCAGUAUUGCUAAAUCAUCUAAUGUUCAAUCUGUACGAAACUGUGUAGGAAUUAUAAAAGAAGUUGUUUCCUUUUUUCAUGUAUCUGCUAAACGUAACUAUACUCUUAAACAACAUUUGACAACACAUAAAAAAUUACAUAGUUUGUGUGAAACAAGGUGGGUCGAAAGACACGACAGUAUAAUGCAAUUUAAAGAAUCCAUUAUUGAAAUUGUAGAUACUUUAACUGAUGUAUCUGAAUGGAAUGAAAAUAUUUCUUCUUCAAAAGCCAAAAUGAUGAUAGCAGCUAUUUGUAAUUGUGACUUUAUUAUAUCAAUUUUUUCAUUAUCAAGUUUAUUAGCUGUAACAUUUCCAAUAAGCAAAAUAUUGCAAGGUAAAGAUCAGGAUAUUAUUUCAGCAUCAGAAUGUAUAAAAGAUAUAUACACAAUUCUUGAAAGGAACCGUAAAGAAUGUGAAGACAAAUUCAAAUUAUUGUUUAAAGAAUGUGAACCGAUUUUAAAAGAACUUAAUAUUGAUAUGAGAUUACCAAGAAUUACUUCACGUCAAAAACAUAGACCAAACUUAUUACCAUCAAACAAUAUUGUUGAUUACUAUAGAAUUGAAGACAUGGUUGAGGUCAACAACUGGUGA